CUGCUUAUUCUCUUUAACUUUUUUGUCAUUUUUAGAAAGACAUUCGCUUGCCCUAAAAUAAAGAGCGACCUCAAAACGGGCACAUCCAUUGGUGAUCUUAGCCCAGAAGACAUCAGCAUCAUAGCUUCUAUGGGAGAUGCCUUAGCGACCGGACUAGGGCUCUGGCCGAAAACAACCAUUGAAUUUCGUGGUGCUGCUUUUCCGAGUGGUGGUGAUGCAACUAUCGAUGGCUUAGUCACCAUACCAAACAUUCUGCGCGAAUUCAACAAUCAUCUGGUGGGUGUCUCGCAUGGAAUGGGCACUAGAGACCAGCUUCCAGAGACACAACUCAGCGUAGCAGAGAGCGGUGCUACUACGGAUAAGAUGCCGGAGCAGGCAAGGGAACUUGUUCGCCGUCUUAAAAAUUUGGUAGAAGUUGAUUAUACCCAACAUUGGAUUAUGGUCAUUGCCACUAUCGGCACAGAAGAAAUUGAAAAGAAAAAGAGGAGGAGCUUGUUAUUUUCAUUUAUAGUGUUAGUGCUCCUUCUGUUACCAAUAAGCAAGUAUGAGCCGUCCGUUAAGGUAUGCUCUCGAUGCACAUCACCAAACGUCGGUGCACUUAUAGAGGCCAUAGAUAUCCUUCAAGCUCAUCUUCCUCGUGCAUUCGUUGUGCUUCUUGGACCUAUACAUGUGUCAUUUCCCACAAAACUCAAAGGGAAUUUGCUAAAAUCUCGAUGCGAAUGUUCACGUGAUGCUUCUAAUGCUUUUAUGGAGAACCUAAGUGCAGACUGGAAAAAGGCAUUUGAGGAGCUCCAAGAACACGUGGAUAGGAGUCCAUUUAGGCCCUCCACCUUCGGUCUACUGGCAAUUCCUGAACUUACAAUUACCUCAAGAUAUCCAUAUGGACUCUUCAUACCGAACAAGCCGCUGUUGAACAGAAGAGGUUCUACAUGUUCCACACUUACCUAUUUUGCUUAUAGAGAAACUUCGUUAGGUCAUAACUACGCUACAAAAUGGCUUUGGAAUCGUCUGAUAGCUGGCGAAAACUAUAAUUUAUCUGCUGCAGUUCUUUCUCAAGACGCCUACUUUUGUCCGUCUAUUGGAUGUCCCUACUUCCGCAAUACCGCCAAUGCACAUGGCUGUCAACUGCUGAGUUUAAGCGAAGCAAAAGAAAAAGAGCUUCUUCUAGGUGGUGACGGAAAAGUGCUCAAAAAGGUAUGACU